GUUGAACAGAGCCAUGCAUGGCCUCUCAAACGGGACUGCAUCACGAUGAACUCAUUCACCAAAAAUAGUGCGCUAUAAAUAGAUUGGGCGCAACAGGUUUCUGCCCUUCCAUCUUCUCCAACCAAGAAGGAAUAGGAGGCCAAGAGAAUUUCUACAACCACAAUGAAGACGACACCAGGACGAUGAAGUCCGGUCGACCGGAUUUUGUAGUUCCUCGAUUGUUGCUUCCUUAGGCAAGUUCAAGAGGCGGGGGGACGCAAAUUCGUAAGUGGUGGAUUCCUCUCGGGGCACCGCGGGCGGGCAGCCGCCUGUGGAACCUGCUAAGAUGAAGGGCCUUCUCAAGGGCCUCCGAUACAUCUCGCAAAUUUUUGGAGAUGCGAAGGAGCCGGAGAUGCAGAUCGGGAAGCCGACCGACGUGAAGCACGUGGCGCACAUCGGCUGGGACAACGCCUCCGUCACCGCGCCCAGCUGGAUGGACGAAUUCAAGGCUUCGCCGGGGACGGCGAGAGGCAGCGAUCCUGAGCCCUCGCAGCCCGGUGGAUCGGAAGGAUGCGGAGAGGAGCAGGCCGGAGGAGGAGAAGACGGCGGCGGCAAGGCGGAGCGGCCGCGGAGGGCGAGGGGGAACAAGGGGUCGGGCGGCAACGAGCCGGCGAAGCGGCGGGACUGCGCGGCCGAGGGGUUGCGGCGCGACCGGCGGGUCGCGAAGGCGGCGGACGCGGCAGAGGGCGCCGAGGGCCAGGGGGACGCCGCGGCGGCGGCGCCGAAGCAGCGGCGGAGGAAGCCCCGGGCGGCGUCCGGGGGCAGGUCCAAGUCAUCGUCGGGAGGCGCCGCCGCCUCGGACUCGGCGGGGGCGCCGCCGGACGAGGACGAUCGCUGCGGCUGUUGAAGGCCUGAGGCGAAGGAAACGGUGUUCGCUGGGAACGUACGUGUGGCGUGGCGCGGCGGCAUUGCUAGCGGGGCCGCGCGCCGAUGCCUGUUGGGGUUCGAGUCGACUGGUAGUGGUACACACACACACUGACACACGGAGGGAGUAGGGAGGGAGGCAUCUUCAAAUUUGAACUAGGUGAGUGUCCGUGCGUUGCAACGGAAACAUAUAAUACUAUGAUAUUUUAUGUACAAAUGUCCACUACAUUGCAACCAUCAGUAUCAUACAGACUUCUAUAUAUAACUAAUACAAUAUUCGUGUGUUGCGACGACACAUAAAUUA